GGGUAACAGUGAAGUGAAAGCUCUGCCUGAGCUGUAAGGGAAUUGUCAGCUAAUAAUUCUUUUCUGCUUGAUAAGCUCUGGAAUGAACUGAGGCCCCUAUAAAGGCUGUGCAAGCUGUAUUGCAGUUGCAUCAAGCUUUCAUGCACUGAAUACUUCUUAUUAUCAGUCUGGUGAUGUGGCUUGUGUAAAGAAAAUUUACCACCUUUGCUGGCUCUCUCAGACAGUUACCAGUAGUGCUAUUUCAGCUCAAGACAGUGGGGAAAAACAAGGACACAUUUCACUGUUUCACACCAAGUUGAGCUAUGGAUGAAGAAAACAAAAUGAUGCAGCGUCCUCUUUUUCAACGUGGGGACCCCUUCCAUGACUGGGAGAUGCCAAGUCGUCUUUUUAACAGAGAAAUUGAGUUUCCAGCUUUCCUGGACGAGAGAGAUGUAAACUGGCUUGACUGGGCAAGGAAGAGGCUGGCUGCUACCUCCUGGCCGGGGUACACACACGUUCCUGUUAUCUCUCCUCUUGGAUCGCAGGCAAGCCCUAGGGCCCAUUCACAAGUCACUGAGGGAACAUCAGAAGUGAGGUUUGGGCAAGGGAGCUGGAAGCUGUCUAUGGACGUCAAUCAGUUUACCCCUGAGGACAUCACAGCCAGAACAAAGGAAGGCUACCUAGAAAUAACAGGUAAACACGAGGAGAGGCAAGAUGCACAUGGACUGGUCUCACGGAGCUUCACUAGGAAAUACAGAAUGCCAGCAGAGGUGGACACAGAGCACAUUGGCUGCUCCCUGUCAGCAGAUGGCGUCCUCUCCGUGGAAGCACCACUGCCUGCCUCAGGCACCAGACGCACAGAAGAAAUCGUCAUUCCUAUUCAGAUUCAACAACAGCAAUAGAGCACACAUCUACAUACACUCUCCCCCUGUCUCUCUCAUUCACACACAGACACACACACCGCCUACCCCCCUGAUACUACAUUCACAUAAAGUUUUAUAUGUGUAGUAUUUUGAAUAAAUGCUUUGAAUAUCUCA